AUGGCUGAGACAGUAGGAACUGCUGCCCCCGCAGCGCAGGAUAUCGUCGGUGCUUCCAUUGCGCCCAUCGCCGGUGCCCGAAAGAAUGGAAAGCAAUGGAAACCCGCCAAGCAAGCCUUCCGGCCUAAAGCUGGCACAAGCAAGACGUGGGAAGCCCGCCUUGAAGAGCGAAAGGCCCUGGCCGCAAUGAAGUCCAGGGAGAAGGAACUCAAGGAAGAGAAGGAAGCUGCUAGAGUGGUACGGAUAGCAGCCUUGAAGACAAAGAGGGAAGCAAAGGCGGAGAAGGAGAGAUAUGAGAAGCUUGCGGAGAAGAUGCAUGCCAAGAGAGUAGAGAGGUUGAAGAGGCGUGAGAAGAGAAACAAGGCAUUGAAGGAGAGGUGA